GAUUCCUGAGGAGCUCUGGGGGAUUCGGGGCAGGUCACAGCUCCUUCCCUCACCUUUGGAAUGUGCUGAUCCGGGGUGGGGACGGAUCAAAGCUGCCAUGGUGGCUUUGCCCUGCCAGUCAAUGCUGACAGAACCAAUCCUCACUCCUGGCUCUGUGUUUGUGUCCCAGCAGAGGCAGAGCAGCCCGAUGGAUGCUACACCCAGGUGUCCCAGGAGGUCGUGCAGGGCAGUGAGAGCCGGGGGGACACAGCAGGAGGGUGUGGGGAGCCCCCAGAGCCCCCUAGCACCGACGGGAUUGAUGAAGCCAUCAAGAGAAUCGUUGCUCUGCUCCGGAGUGCAGGAGAUGAGCUGGACAGGGAGGUGAGGGAGGAUGCGCGGCUGCAUCUGUUCUUCAGGGACAUGUCCUACAGCUCCUUCAAGAGCCUGGCUGAUGCCUAUGUCCAGAGGGAGCUGACAGCCAGCAGGCCCAACACCAACCCCCAGGAGAUGCAGUUUGCCUACACGGUCCAUCUCACGGCCACGGUGGCGGGGAUCUGCAGCCAGGCCGUGAACAGGAUCAUGGGCUUCGGCACCCGCUACCUGGAGGAUUCCUUUGCACCCUACGGCAAAAUCCUGCAGAAGAGAGAAAAGCUCAGGACAGACCACUGUGACAGCCCAGACUGACAGUGGGGCCUGUGGUGCCUGGGAAGCCCAGGAUGAACAGCUGUGGUGGGAGGACAAUCCCUGAUGGUGACCUGGAUGUGAGGUGACCUUCUGAGCUGUGGAUUUAAAAUCUUUUCAGGAGAACCAGCAGUGUGAAAUGCUUGAACCCCACCUGGCUGGGGGUGAAAAGUCAGUAAAUCAAACAGAGCCCACAUUUCACCCUGGGCAAAAAUAUUUUUUGUAUUUUAGCUCCUGCCAAGGGCUUGUGUUGAACCUCAGGGGUUGUUGCUGUUUGUGCACAUGUAUUUAUUUACCUGCCUUUCUAAAUGUUUUUGGGAAUGUACAACAUUUUUUUUUUAGUUUCUGCUAC